AUGUAUUUUUCGGGGGAUCCAUCGAACCGGAAACGGGUUGAUUUAGGAGGUCGGAGCUCCAAAGAAAGAGACCGCCAGAAGCUCCUGGAGCAGACCCGCUUGGAGCGGAAUCGCCGACUCUGGUUGCGUCAACAGAACUCUGCUGCCAUUAAAAUUCAGAAAUGCUUUAGAGGAAGAAAAGAAGUCGAGGCGGAACGUUCCAGAGUGCGAGACAAGUUUUUUCUUACUUUUGGGCAGUCUUGCGAAGACGUUAGCAGGCAGUGCUUUGGUCCAGAUUCGGAUUUUCUCCGCCAGCUGCUUUUCUUCUUUAAUCCAAAGCACGUUGCUGAUGUUUCUGCCCUUGUGGAGACAUGCCGAUUGCUUCAAGAAUUUGUUCAAGAUAAUGGAAAUGUAGUGGGCCUCUUUGCAGGCACAGACUACUCUUGCAAACGUGGUCUGGUGGAUUACAGAGUUAAGCAUCUUGUUUAUGCUUGCAUCCGGGUGCUCUAUGAAAACAGAUAUUGGUUCAAGGAUCAACCAUGUUUGGCAUCAGAAAAGUCCAAUACAUCAGCAAACGUCUUACUGAAGGCAAUAAUUUUGUUAAUUGAUCAAAGUUUUCCCUGGGCUUGUAAUACAAUCAGCUAUCUGUUGCGCAGAAAUAUAUUUUCCUUGUUCAGAGAGAUUAUUUUGACUGGGAAGGAAAAUUUUCAAGGUUCCAUUGGGAUUGUCUCUUCGUUGGAGCGUGUUCUUGCCCAUAUCAUUUCUCACGUGGGUAUGGGAACGUGUUGUUGUCCAGAUAUUGAUCCUUGCUGGAGUUUCUCAUCCCAAAUUUUUACAUUUCCAUUCUUGUGGCGGCUCUUUCCACACCUCAAAGAGAUUUUUGCAACACCAGGGUUAAGUCAACAUUAUGUCCACCAGAUGGCGCUUUGUGUGAAAGAUCAUACUAAUGUUCUUCCAGCUGAUAUAUCAAGUGACUUUCCUGGUUAUGCCUGCCUUCUAGGAAAUCUAUUGGAAGCUGCUGGUGUUGCUUUUACUCAACCAGGUUCAUUUGAUUGGGCCGUAGAUUUUGCAACUGUCGCAACAUUUUUGUUGCAAGCAAUUCCUCCUAUCCAAGCAUCAAAUCAAGGAAAUAAUGAUUCCAGAAUGGGUGAAGAUGAAAUGCUUGGCGGUGAUGAUCUAACAGAUAUAGAGUUGAAUAGAGAUUUGGAACAACAGAUUUCCAGCGCAAUAGAUCCACGAUUUCUUCUACAGUUGACAAAUGUUCUUUUGGGAGGGUUUUCACCAGCCAGAGGAAGCCCUGAUGAUAAGGAGGUGGCAGCUGUGGGUGCAGCUUGUGCUUUCUUGCAUGUGACUUUCAACAUUUUGCCCCUUGAGCGCAUUAUGACUGUACUAGCAUAUAGGACAGAACUGGUUCCUGUACUUUGGAACUUCAUGAAGCGAUGCCAUGAGAAUCAGAAGUGGUCAUCCUUGUCCGAGCAGUCAGCUUAUCUGCCAGCAGAUGCACCUGGUUGGCUAUUACCCCUUGCUGUUUUUUGCCCUGUUUACAAGCACAUGCUAAUGAUUGUCGAUAAUGAGGAGUUCUAUGAACAGGAGAAACCACUAUCACUGGUGGACAUCAGAUGUUUAAUUGUCAUCUUAAGACAGGCCUUAUGGCAGAUUCUUUGGCUGAAUUCCGUGACAACACCUAACUUCUCAAAGUCAGAAGAUGGUGCUUCUGCUAUGAAGAGGCACCCCAUAGAAUUUCUUCAGCACAGGGUUUGUGUUGUUGCUUCUGAGCUUCUAUCACAGUUGCAAGAUUGGAACAACAGACGAGAAUUUACACCCCCUAGUGACUUCCAUGCUGACGGUGUCAAUGAUGUAUUUAUUUCUCAGGCAAUGACAGAGAAUACAAGAGCGAAUGACAUACUGAAACAAGCUCCCUUCUUGGUGCCGUUUACAAGCAGAGCUAAAAUAUUUAACUCCCAAUUAGCUGUCUUGAAAGAAGGAAAUAGUUCUCAUGGUAUUUUUACGAGGAACAGAUUCAAAAUAAGAAGAGAUCAUAUUUUGGAAGAUGCUUUUAAUCAAUUAAAUGCAUUAGCUGAAGAAGAUCUUCGAGGAGUGAUUCGUAUAACUUUUGUCAAUGAAUUUGGUGUUGAGGAGGCUGGCAUCGACGGUGGUGGAAUUUUCAAAGAUUUCAUGGAGAAUAUUACUCGAGCAGCAUUUGAUGUUCAGUAUGGAUUAUUUAAGGAGACAGCAGAUCACCUCCUCUAUCCAAAUCCUGGAUCUGGACUGACACAUGAACAACAUCUUCAGUUUUUUCACUUUCUUGGGACUGUCCUUGCUAAGGCAAUGUUUGAAGGGAUUCUGGUUGAUAUACCAUUUGCAACAUUCUUUCUAAGCAAAUUGAAGCUAAAGUAUAACUAUUUGAAUGACUUACCCUCCUUGGAUCCAGAAUUAUACCGUCAUCUGAUUUUCCUGAAGCAUUAUGAAGGUGACAUAUCAGAGUUAGAAUUGUAUUUUGUUAUUCUUAAUAAUGAAUAUGGGGAGCAAACAGAGGAAGAGCUGCUUCCUGGUGGGAAAAAUAUACGAGUCACUAACGAGAAUGUGAUUACAUUUAUUCAUCUGGUAGCCAACCAUCGUUUGAACUUUCAGAUACGCCAACAAAGUUCUCAUUUUCUGAGGGGGUUUCAACAGCUCAUUCAGAAAGUUUGGAUCGACAUGUUUAAUGAGCACGAAUUUCAGCUUCUAAUUUCUGGAUCAGUUGAUGGUUUUGAUGUUGAUGACCUUCGUGCUCAUACUAAUUAUACCGGUGGCUAUCACCAGGAUCACUAUGUGAUUGAGAUGUUCUGGGAAGUUGUCCAGAACCUUAGCUUGGCAAAUCAGAGAAAAUUCUUGAAGUUUGUAACUGGCUGCUCUCGAGGACCUUUGCUUGGAUUUAAGUAUUUGGAGCCUUUGUUCUGUAUACAGAGGGCUGCUGGUAGUGCCUCUGAAGAAGCCCUCCGCUUGCCAACAUCAGCUACUUGCAUGAAUCUAUUGAAGCUUCCUCCUUACCGAAGUAAACAGCAAAUGGAACAAAAAUUGUUGUACGCCAUAAAUGCUGAUGCUGGUUUUGAUUUGAGUUGA